UGAUUCAGCACUAGGAUUACGUGUACUCACUUUACUACUUAUAUUACUACUGCUAGUACUGUUAGUAGUAUUAGUAGUAGUAGUAGUAGUAGUUGUUGUUGUUAUACUUCCAAUAUUAGUAGUCACAGUAGAGGUAUUCAUAAUGUCAAAUGCAUCUGAAUCAGAUAUAUUCGCUUUUCUACGUAUUAAUGAUGGUCGUUUUGGUUUCAAUAGAAUAUACUCUGAAAUUUUAGAUGGGACAGUUAAAGUUGACUUGUUCAUUUCAUUCAAUGGAAGUAAAUUUGUCUGUUGAUUUGAUAUUAAUGUGUCAAUCUCCGUAGUAGUGUCUGUGGUAUUCAUAAUUAUUGGAUUAGUAUCCCCAAGAUGAGGGUGAUGAAAGAAUUUGAAUGAAUCCUUUUCACAUAAACCUGUAGUUGUUUGACUGAUUGGAUUUGCUGUAGUUAUAACAUUACCAGUUGUAAUAGAAGUAUUGAUAGCAGCAUUAAUUGUGAUAGGAGUUGUGUCUGCUGUUGUGAUGGUGGUAAUUCCAGCAGUUACUCCAACCAAUGUAUUAGAAAUUAAUAAUUCUUCAGUAGGCUUUAUAUCCAACAUGUUCUUAGAAGUAUUUACAGCAUUACUUGUAGUAAAGCAAUCCAAAGAUGAGGUAAUAGUAGUUAUUGUAGGAGUAGGAGUAGUAGUCUGUGAAACGGUUGAUGUACUGCACCGUAAUUCGUUUAAUUGAGCUUGAUAAUUUUGCAUUUGUAGACAAUUGUUGAGAUAUAUCUGUAAGCAAAUUAGUAUAUUUAUGUACAAUAAUUAUUUUCGUAUAUAUUUCUGUCUGUGUACAACUGUUAUAUCUAUUCUCUACACUCCUGGACACAUAUGCUUAUCAAGUACUUCAAUCGAAGUGUUAAUUGAUGUAGUCAACGAGUUUACAAGUGUUCUUCUUUUCUACUCAUUAUUAUCAGUCAUAUAAUAUAAAAUAAUCAUGGGGAAAAACAUGCAUAUAGAGUGUAGUAAUCAUAAUUAAUGAAAUUACAUCCAUCCAUAUCGUUCAUUCCAUAAAG